UCUGACGCUGUCCGUCGGAAUGGGCAGCUGUCAUCGUGUGAGCCUUGCCGCAAAUCAAAACUGCGCUGUGAUCAUGGUCGACCUCGAUGUGCUCGCUGCGCCAGACGCCGGCUCACAGAGCAAUGCUUCUAUCACCCUGCGCCGAUGGCCCGACGACGCCAACGCAGCGAUUUAUCCUCGUCUCUGCCGACAUCUUCUUCGGUCACGCCGAUUCCUGCUGCGUUUGAUCUAGCUACUGGUUUGGUUGCCAUGCAAACUUCUGUUUUGUCACCAACAGAGGCUGAUCAAACGACAUCCUCGCGUCAAUAUAGGUCGCUAACUCGCACUGGAGUUUCUCAUCUGCAGCAACCAUUCCACGCGAAUUCAUCUCUCAUAAGGGAGGGUGAGGAGUUAUUGCAACUGCUCCUUGAUCGCUAUUCCCACCCAGAUCUCGAAGAAUUAGUCCACAACUGGUAUAAAGAUCUCGGAGACAGUCCAGUUGGUGGUCCUUUAGCCAAGGCGGCUUGGCGCGCCAUCCAGACCAAUUUGCAGGACCUUCAUUCUAGUCGAUCACUGAAUCGCCUCCAGGCCACUUCUCGAGAAAUUUUUGACCACACUUCUCGACCACUCAAUAUGCCCACGACGGCCGCAGACGGUGCUCUUGAAAAGGAACUUUGUGCUAUCCGAUGGGAAACUGUCGGCAUGUAUUUCGCGCUCCUCGGGAUGGUUAUUGCAUCGGCCAAAAAUCUCUGUACCAGCUUCUCGGGUCGCCAGUGGUUUGGCGACCGUAAGGCAACGUCCAGUGAUGCCUUUGACGCCUGUCUACGAUGCGAGGCUCUGUGCAACCGCGUUGGCCAAAUGAACGACCUAUCCGUGUGGCUUGGGAUCCUGGCCACCACACUCUCCACCUGGUGUUUUGGUGACGAUUCUUGUCAAGCCUGGCGUCUAAUGGGGAAUUUAUCGUCCGCCAUAUUCGCCCUCAACUACCACAGGGGCUUUCAAGAUGACAUGAAUACCCCAGCAUACUUGGUCGAGCUUCGAAAACGUGCCAUUGCCCUAUCACACGAGCUGGAUAAGUCCCUGGCGACGUUUGUCGGUCGCCCACCACGCUUGAAUAGGAGCUAUUGUAACAUAGAAUUACCUCUUGACCUCUCAGACUCAGCCAUUGUCGGGUCUGGCGAGCUGUUAGAGCUACAAAUAUCGCGACUAGACGGUGAUGGUUGGAAUAAAGACAUGACUGUACAUCCAGCGUCUCGUCAACGAGCGAUCGUUUGGCUAAGCUCGAUCCGUGAAGAAGUUCUUGAGUUGUCACUGGGAACCAUAACUCAAGAUCUGGUUCAUAAAGCCCAGCGAAUACUAACUCGAUCAUCGUCGACCUGGGAGACUCUGCCUCACUUCAUGCAGUAUGAGCCGUCCCUAUGGGACCGGAUGGCACCUUCAACCAUUUUGAUGCUUCUGAGCCUCAAACUUGAGUAUUUUUAUAGCAAAUUUCUUUUAUACAAGAUGCUAGUGAAUCAAAGCAGUGGCUAUCGUCACGCGUUGAUUCAAAUUUCCCACGAGACCCUAGGGCUAGUGCUCUCAGUAAUGAAGAAGAGAGAUAUCAUAGGGUCCCAUAGGAUCGAUUUGGAAUGGACGAUAGUAUUUUACGCGAUGCCGUGCGCGAGUGUCUUGAUUCUGGAAUUGUUUCGACUAGCCAGCUUGCCAAAACCACAGCCCUCCGUCGCUUCGAACAGGUCGACCAUUAUUCAGGACAUCAGCGUUCUCAUAUCGUGCUGCGACUGGCUAACUGAGUCGGGAAAGAGCAAUUAUGAGCUCUGUAAGCAGGCUCAAUUGAUCUUCUCAAAGGCUCUGGACCAGAUCCUAAAUCAUGAGAUGCCUUUAGCACGUUUACUGCCGGAUAGU